AUGCCUUCCAUAGACUCGCGCAGACAUCUUCGCAUAGGAGUCGAUGUCGGCGGCACAAACACGGACGGCGUCAUUUUAAACCCCCUCCAAGCAUCGUCUCCAGGUAAAGGAAUCCUGGCAUGGCACAAAUCCCCCACGACUAUAAAUCCGAGCGUUGGUAUCGCCGAUGCCAUCACUGCCAUGUUCAAAUCCGCUGCUAUUCACCCAUCCGAGGUUGAAAGCGUGACUAUCGGAACGACUCACUUUGUCAAUGCUGUCGUUGAGAGAGACGCUGCUCGGCUGUCUACCGUGGCUGUUAUCCGACUCUGCGGGCCUUUCUCCAAGCAUGCUCCUCCUUGCGUGGAUUGGCCAGAUGACAUGAGGCAGAUGAUUUUGGGGCAUUACGCACUUUUGAAGGGCGGCUUGGAAGUAGACGGCAAUCUCAUUUCGGACAUUGACGAGCGAGAGAUUAAACAGCAGUGCGAUAUUAUUCACGAAAAGGGCAUUAAGAGUAUUGUUGUCAAUGGGGUCUUCAGCCCGAUUGACACCAUAGAAAGACAGGAAGAGCGAGCUGCGGCCAUUAUCAAGGCGAACUUGCCCGGCUGUGAUGUUCUUUGCUCCAAGGAAAUUGCCAACCUAGGAUUUUUGGAGCGCGAAAAUGCAGCCAUUCUGAAUGCUUCCAUCCUUUCUUUUGCUAGAAAGACCAUCAGAUCUUUCCAAGCACCGAUUAAGCGCCUCGGCUUGCACUGCCCCGUCUUCAUCACCCAAAAUGAUGGGACGGUCUUAUCAGGAGACAUGGCAGCGAGGCUACCCAUCAGGACUUUUUCAAGCGGUCCAACGAAUAGCAUGAGAGGCGCGGCGUUUCUUGCCCAAGGCCAAGUAUCCGAAGCAGUCAUGGUCGUUGACAUUGGAGGCACGACUACAGACGUCGGCCUGCUUCAUGCCAACGGCUUUCCCCGGCAGCAAGCUGCAUACAGUGACCUUGCUGGCAUCAGAAUGAACUUUUCCUGCCCAGAUAUCAAGAGCAUUGGACUCGGGGGAGGUUCCAUCGUCAGAACUGGCAAUGGCUUGACUGUCGGUCCGGAUAGCGUUGGCCAUAAGCUCCAACAAGAGUCUGUUGUUUUUGGUGGCACCAUCACCACCACUACAGAUUGCAUAGUGCAAGCGAAUCCUGGUUUGAAGAUAGGCGAUGCCGAUCUUGUCAAAGAUUUGUUUACUGUCGAGCAGCUUGAGCUGUUCAGAAGCGCAGUCAAGAACAAGAUUGAAAAAGCCAUUGACAAGAUGAAAACAUCUCCCGAGGAUAUUCCUGUUCUUCUUGUUGGUGGCGGAGCUAUACUGUCGCCAAACGAGCUCAAAGGAGCAAGCCGAGUGCUUAAGCCAGAAUGGGCACAGGUUGCAAACGCAAUCGGCGCAGCCAUGGCAAGAGUCAGUGCAGUUGUAGAUACCGUCAAAUCCACAGAGUCAAAGACUACUGCUCAGUUGCUGGAAGAGAUUAGCAAGGAGGCGAUUGCAAAGACGAUAUCUGCCGGGGCAUCGCCUACGACUGUGGAAGUAGUCGAAAAGGAAACUCUACCAUUACAAUACAUUGCUCAUAAGACGAGAUUCAUUGUUCGCGCUGCUGGCGAUUUUGAUCUUGGAAAAACUGAAGUCAACCUUACCCCUGAAACGGAGAACGAAGAAGAAAACAUUGAUGACAUGAGCCAGUAUGAGAAACUGGCAAGGCCGCCGGAACCUUCAUCCAAAGAGCCGCAAGAUAAAGAAUUGGAUAUCCUCAGCUAUAAACCAACUGUGAAGAAUCGCGUUUGGUACAUUUCGGAAACAGAUGCCGAUUGGAUCGCGACAGGCUGUUAUAUCCUCGGCACCGGCGGUGGAGGGUCCCCCUAUUCUCAUCUAGUACGCUUAAAACAAGAGCUUCGCAAAGGAGCGGUCGUGAGAGUUGUGAAUCCUCACGAUCUUGCUGACAAUGAUCAAGUUGGCUGUGGAGGCGGCGUGGGUAGUCCAACAGUUGGUAUCGAGAAACUUCCCGCCGAUGAGCUGCUAGAAGCCCAAGAAGAGGUGUUUAAGAUGUGUUCUCAGCCCGCCACUCAUAUGAUUUCCAUCGAAAUUGGUGGUGGAAAUGGCCUCCAGGCGAUGAUAUUGGGGGCUAGCACGAACAUGAACCUGCCAGCCGUUGACGGAGAUUGGAUGGGGCGGGCAUAUCCAACAAAGUGGCAGACGACGCCCAUUGUUUUCAACGAACGAUCUCCCAUCUGGUCCCCCAUCGCCAUGUCCGAUGGAAAUGGCAAUGUUGUCGUCAUGCCGAAAGCAACGUCUGACCUGGCUGUUGAACGCAUCUUGCGAGCAGCUCUCACCCAAAUGGGGUCCCAUACGGGAGCUGCCGAGUCUCCAGUAACCGGAGCAGAGACGAAGCGAUGGGUUGUAGAGCACACUAUAUCACAGGCCUGGAGAAUCGGACGCGGAGUUGCCCGUGCUCGGAAAGAAAACAGGGUAGAUAACGUGGCUGAAUCUAUUAUUGAGGAGUGUGGUGGCAAAGGGGCCGGUAGAGUACUCUGGAAGGGCAAGAUUGUGGGUGUCGAGAGGACACUUAGAGGGGGUUAUGUGUAUGGCGAAUGUUUCAUCGAAGGAGUUGAUGUGAGGCAGGAUAACGAUGGCCUACAGCAAGAUGGAACUAAUCCAGCCUUCUUUCAAGGCACCAUAAAGAUUCCCUUCAAAAACGAAAACAUUGCGGCUCUCAGGGUACGAGACGACGGGAAAGAAGAGCAGCAAGAAGAUGUUUUGGCCAUUGUGCCCGACUUAAUCACUGUCAUUGAUGCACAGAAUGGCGAAGCUAUCGGCACCCCUGAAUACAGAUACGGGCUGCUAGUGGUUGUAUUGGGGCUGGCUGCAAGCGAUAAAUGGACAGGGAGUCAAAGAGGGAUAGAGAUUGGCGGUCCUGCAGGAUUUGGGAUUGACCACUUGAAGUUCGCUCCUCUAGGGACAUUUGUCAAACCACAGAGUGUUAUUGAUGAAUAUGAUGUCAUCGCUUAA